AAUGUCAAUAGAAAACUGCAACUCAGCUGGUUGCAUUAGUUCAAAAUAAUUUGAAACUUGGAAGAGAUUUAUUUACAUUUACCGGGUCACCGACUGUGUUCUAAAUCAGUGAAGCUUCAAGCAGGACGAUUGAAGUGAUUUAAUGACUUCAAUGCAUUAGAUGAUUACAGUUAGAAUUCCUGAAUUCACAAAUUAGAAAAAGUAAGAUAAUAAAUAACAAUACGUAAAAAUGUUUAUUGGAACAUCAAAAGAAAAAUUCAAAUUUCACAACACUUUACUGUGUCUUGUUCAAGCUAUGCAAGGAAAAAAUAUAACAGUGGACCUGCGAAAUGAUUCUUGUAUCUGUGGACAAGUGGCCGGUGUAGAUGGUUAUAUGAAUAUUUCUUUUUCAAAUGCAGUGUAUUGUGAUCCUCAAGGGAAUGAAUAUCAUUUUGACAAUUUGUUUCUACAAGGUCGUAACAUUCGAUAUGUACAUAUUCCUGAGACUGAUUCAAUGUUAUCAACAAUUCAAAAUGAAAUAGGCAGAGGGAAAAGGCCAAAACCUGACAGGAGGGAAAUGAAAAAUUCCAGAAAAGUGCAAAAGGCAAUGAAGCAGCACAUGGAGACUGUAGCUUUAUUGGAAAUGAAAUAGCUAUGUAUGUAAAUGAAGUUAAUAAAUGAAUAAUAUCUGA